AACGUGUUGGUCACAUACAAUUCUGGGUCUCAAAACUUUAGCACCAGGGUAAAAAGAAGAGCAAGAGAGUUAUCACUUUUGACAAAAAUGUCACCGGAAAAUGGGAAACACUUGCCAGAAUCCGAUGCCACAGGACUGAAUCUAAAGGAGACCGAGCUGACCUUAAGGCUGCCGGGCGAGACACGGGGAGAUAUAGAGAUCAAAGCAAAGUCGGGCACGAAACGUGGAUUUUCGCAGAUUAUUGAUCUUAAUCAUGAUAGAUCGUCAGAUGUUCAUGAACAUGAUGACAGAGGUUGUGACAAGCUAGAAAACGAGACCUUGGCUUUACAACCGCCGGCAGCGAAGGCGCAGAUAGUGGGGUGGCCACCGGUGAGAGGGUUUAGGAAGAACGCAAUGAAGAGCUUCAAGUUCGUAAAGGUGGCUGUGGAUGGAGCUCCUUUUCUAAGAAAGCUGGAUCUAGAAUUGUACAGUAGCUAUCAGGAGCUACUGUGUGCUUUUGACAACAUGUUCUCCUGCUUGACUAUUUGUAAUUAUUUGAAUGAGAAGAAGCUUAUGGACACAGCAAAUGGGGUGGAAUAUGUGCCUACUUACGAGGACAAAGAUGGUGACUGGAUGUUAGUUGGAGAUGUACCAUGGAAAAUGUUUGUUGAGUCAUGCAAACGGCUAAGAUUGAUGAAAAGCUCAGAGGCAAUUGGACUUGCUCCAAGAACACCUCAACAAUCUGCAAGCACAAGUUAAGAAAAAACAGAAAGAGAGAAGCCUUAGAGAAUUAAUCAAUAUCGAUCCUUGGAAUGAUGUAAUUGGUUGAACAGAGGCUAGCUAUUUUUUCCCUUGUUCUAUACCUUUCUAUAUUUAUUUUGGAUGAAGAGUUAGGAUUAGAUAGGAAAAAAUUUUUGGAAAGAGAGGUUUCUGUAUCUACUAGUUGCAUCGUAGUGCCAGCUUAAAUAUUGAUGUUGUGGGCUUCUUUUCUUUUUUUUUUUCUUCCCCAUUUUCGGGUCUGUUACAGCUUCUUCAUAGAGACGCUAGGAUUGUAAUAGUUUUGACAGAUUUUAUACCGUCUAUUUGAUUUUUAUGAGA